CUUGUCUCAAUGGUGCCAUCUUGUCAUAUCUUUUCAUGGCUAUACACCUAUGCAGCUUUUCACUGUAUUUCUCUGUGUUCUCUUAAUAAUAUAGGAAUACUAUUAACACGCCAGCAAUAUCCCUCCUCUGGGACCAAACAUCAGUACACUGCAAACACUUCGCCAUGGAGUUCCACUAUCAAAUCUACCAACAGAAGAUGCUCGACUCGGUUUGAUUCCUCGACCACGCAUUCACAACACGGAUGUUGCCAAAAUGGGAACGGCUACUGCCUAGGACCAUGGUUGGAGAUGGCAAUAUAAGAGGCGGUCGGACCCCCAAAAGCAACAUCGACCCUGGAACAUACACCCUCUGGCAACCGCUACCCGGACGCCGCUAUCAGCACAGACGCGCAGUUCGCAGCUCCCAGUUCUGCCAAGGCUAUUCACGUGCCAGCCCAUCCGAGCCUUAGGCGCACCUUUCUUCCGGCUUAGCGUCGUCCAUCACAACAUUCCCUUCCAAAGUUGCUCGCAUCUGCCCCCAGCCACCCCACCGACCCACGCUACCACAACAUCGAACGCGAAACGACACAAAGGCAUCACGAUCGCGCAUCCUUAUAGAUUAAACCACUCAACUAAGCUUGCACCAACUCGUUCACAACUAUGCCUGGUGGUAAAGGAAAAACCGGUGGCAAGACGGGAGGAAAAGGCGACUCUCACGGGAAGCCCGUCAAGUCACACUCUGCGAAAGCAGGCUUACAGUUCCCCUGCGGUCGCAUAAAGCGUCACCUCCGAAACAUCACCCGUCAAAAGACGCGCAUCGGCGCCAAAGCCUCCAUCUACCUGACCGCCGUCCUCGAAUACCUGACUGCCGAAGUGCUCGAGCUUGCAGGCAACGCUGCCAAGGAUCUUAAAGUCAAGCGCAUCACGCCACGUCACUUGCAGCUCGCUAUUCGCGGCGACGAAGAACUCGAUACCCUCAUUCGCGCUACCAUUGCUUUCGGUGGUGUACUGCCACACAUCAAUCGCCACCUACUACUCAAGGUCGAGACGAAGAAGAAGGGCGCGCAGAAAGAGGCAUAA